AAUUUUCAUGAAAAAAUGUAUUUAGUCACAAAUUAGCUUCUAUUAAAGUAACAUUUAAUAAUAUUUAUUGAAAUCUGUGCAAAUGUGAGCAUUGAUAAAAACAAACCAAAGCGAAGACUUCAGAAACUUAAAACAAAAUAUAAAACCAUGCCACAGAGCAAAGCAAUGCGAUUGCUAUGGGCGCUAUUGGUUUUGCUUCAUAAAUCUUCGGCCUAUCCACGAAACUCGUCGGUACUCACCGUCAAUCAGAAGCAGUUAUAUGUAAUUGAGAGCAGCCUUGAUGUCAGUGCAGAUCCAUGCGUAAACUUCUAUAAUUAUGCUUGUGGGAAUUGGUCUCAACAACAUACAACGGGGCGUUAUACAGAGAAUACGGGCUACAUAGAUCACAAAGUAAACAAAAGAUUCGUCGAUCUCCUGGAAUCUUAUGUUCCGACCACAGGUGACAAUAGCCACGAUGUGUAUAAUAAAGUGUGGAUGUAUUACAAAUCAUGUAGGCGGGAGAAACAUAUAAAUUUAGUCAAAUAUCUGCAUAUAGUGCGCCCAGCUGGACAUCUUAACUGGCCAGAAUUGAAGAGUUCGCAAAAUAAUCAAAUCAAUUGGUCCUCAGAAAAUUUUAACUGGAUGUUAACGCUUGCAAAACUACAUCGUUUUGGUUUAAAAGGCUCACUUAUUGAUCAUAUAAUAUUACAGAAGUAUGAUAAUGCACGCGAAUACGUUAUUGAUUUGGACAAACCUAUACUGGACGGUCAGAAUAAGCUGCCAUCAAAAGCUGCCAUUGCAACAUUGCUUAUAACCGUGGGUGUCGAAAAAUCCAAAGCAAAAUUAAUUGCUAAUGAGUUGUUGAAAUUCGAAGAAAAAUUAGCUGAACUGUUGGAAAUCGAUGAUGAAUAUGGUCUUCUCAAUUUAUCUGUGCAAGAUCUGGUGGAUAAUAUACCAAAAAUACCGUGGCGUAAAUAUUUUAAAAUUAUAUUUGAAUAUGAAAUUGAUAAUAAUUUCUCAGUACACUUACGAAACUUUAAGUAUUUUGAAGAGUUGUCAAAGUUUAUGGCAGAGAUGGAACCGAAACUGAUUUGUAAUUAUUUGAUGGUAAAAUUUUUAUAUUAUCUAUCCGUCGAUACCACCACGAGUUUUGAUAAAAUUGAUUGUAUGGUUGAUGUGCGGAGCAAAAUGGACUAUGCCGUUAACUUUAUAUACAAAGAGAGAUUCUAUGACAACAAAAUGGACUUAUACAAUGGUGAAGUUCAUAAUAUAAUGAAUAUGGUAAGAACUGAAUUUUUAACGAAAAUAAAACAAAACAUACUCCAAUUUACGUCGGCUGAACAAGAACUACUGACAGAAAAACUGCUUAAAAUGAAAAUAAAUAUUGGCAACUUACCGGCGAAUAUAAAUAAAACACGCAUUGAGGCUUACUACAGUGAUUUACAAUUAGAUGUAAAGAAUUACUAUAAAAAUCACCUGAACCUAUUAGAACUACGCUUUAUAAAGGAACAUGAACAACUCGAACACAAUAUAACAGAUAGCACCGAUUUCUUCUUUAUUACUGACAGCGAUACAGCACGCAGCUCUUCGCCGUUCUAUCUACUGCAAAGCAAUAUGAUUAUAGUACCGUUUGGCGUUUUACAACCUCCUAUAUUCCAUAAAAGCAUGCAUGAUGUGUUUAAACUGAGCCUGCUCGGCUUUUUGAUGGCUCACGAAAUUACGCACGGUUUCGAUGUUACCGGUGUUAGUUAUGACUAUAAGGGCGACAAUAAUGAAAUCGGCGAUGGCAUAACCGAGAACAAAAACUACGCCAGUGCCGUCGAGUGCAUGCAAAGUCAUGAAACCGAAAGUAUUGAUGAACGCAUUGCUGACAUUGUCGGAGUGCGUUUAGCCUAUGAUGUAUUAUUCGGUGAAAAUUCUACACACCACUUAAAUAUCAAACAACCCAACUUUACAAAAAUUCCGGUUAAGAAACUAUUUUUUCUAAAUUUUGCUCAAUUUUUUUGUGGCAACUUACAGGCUGAAUUUUCAGAACAUGAUUCCGAUAAUGUGCGAUUGCAGGAGACUUUGUUGAACUUCGAGCCAUUCGCGAAGGAGUUUCGGUGUGAUUUGGGAGACAUAAUGCAUCCAUCGGUGAAAUGUAGGUUAUGGUAAAGUAGCAUAUAAAAAUAAAUAAUUAACACAUUUAUAAAGAUAU